GAGGUAGAUAGACAGAGAGAGCGUGUGUUUGUGUCACAGUGUGUGACAAAUAAGAGGCAAAAGGUAGCAGGGGAUCUCACAACAAAGCGUCCCGCGCACUGACCGACGCACACAGAGCGCACAGAUCCGGAGAAGGAAGACCACUCCACUCCCAGGGAUGACAACACGCCAGAGGAUCUACUUUCAAUCCACUCUGCGCCUGUGAACUGAAAAGUUUUUUUUUUCUUUUUGCGCGUCGCAGAGGAAAAGGAGGACACCUGCUUCCAAGUUUUCCUCCAGCCAACAAAAGUGUCCACCUGCAAAAUGCAGAGACCCGGCGUUCAAGGAACGGCGUUUUCUAUCGACUCCCUGAUAGGGACUCCUCAGCCCAGACCGGGACACCUGCUCUACACGGGCUAUCCCAUGUUCAUGCCAUACAGACCUUUGGUUAUUCCACAAGCUUUAUCCCACUCGCCUCUAUCGUCUGGUAUACCUCCACUUGCGCCUUUGGCUUCUUUCGCGGGACGACUCACCAACACGUUCUGUGCCAGUUUGGGACAGGGGGUGCCCUCCAUGGUUGCGCUCACCACAACCAUGCCAAGUUUCUCGGAUCCACCGGACAGUUUCUACCCGCCACAGGAGCUGCCCGGCCCGCGUUUGAGCGCCGUCGACCCAGGAGCGAGGAGGCAAGAAAGUCCGCACUCUGAUGAGCUGCACAGCCGGGACAAGAGCUCCGAGCUCCUUAACUUCUCUGAAACUUUCCAAACAAUAUCAGGUGAAACCAAAUUGUACAGUUCAGACGACGAGAAGCUGGACUUAAAAUCAGCAGACACCGUUUGCAGCGACAGAGAGGACAGUUCCGCGGACAGCGAGAACGAAAGUUUCUCGGACGGGAACAACUGUGGCUCCAUGUCGCAGAAGAGCAAACUAAAAACGGGCUCGCAGGAGGCGCUGCCGCCCGGCAGCUCGGCGGGGAAGAGCCGGAGGAGACGAACAGCUUUUACCAGCGAACAGCUGCUCGAACUCGAAAAGGAGUUUCACUGUAAAAAGUACCUGUCCCUGACUGAACGCUCCCAGAUCGCACACGCACUUAAACUGAGCGAGGUGCAGGUGAAGAUCUGGUUUCAGAACCGCAGGGCCAAAUGGAAACGGAUCAAAGCCGGCAACGUCAACAACCGCUCAGGGGAACCGGUGCGUAAUCCCAAAAUCGUGGUGCCAAUCCCCGUGCACGUCAACAGGUUUGCCGUGAGGAGUCAGCAUCAACAAAUAGAGCAAGGGACCAGGCCAUGAACUCAACACCGACAACAAUGAUAAUAAUUUAAAAAAAAACUAACACUUACAUUGACUCUAUGUUCCACUAAUUUGUUGAACGCAUGAAGCACAAAAAAAGGGGGAUUCUGUAUUUUUUCGUGUCUGAGCAGAGCAGAGGCUUCUUGCAGACAGAACAAAUAUUUGGCAAUAUGCUGUCAUUUUUAUUUAUUCUCCUGUGAAUAUGUAAAUAUAAAUGGGCACUAUGAGAUAAGACUGUAAAGAUUUUUUAAGUAUUUAUAUGUAGGGCCAAUAUGUUCUGUUGGUUAUGUGCAUGUCCUCAUUUGGUGAAACUAUUCUGGAUUUUCUUUUCCCGGUUUGUUUUGUUUUUGUGUCGCGUACAGUUUGUUGAGCAUGUAAUUUAAGACGUUUCAAAUUUACUUUUGUCAACUGUAGAUCCACCUUUGACAGCUAUAUGUGAAAAAAAACAAGAUGUGAAGGAAGUUAUGACCAAACAAGGGGACAAGUGUAAAGUAUAUUGACCUAAUAAAUCGCUUUAUACGAA